AUGGAUAAUAAUGGAGAUAGAAAAUCAAAAAGCGUCAAGAACAGUAAAUUUUUUGAGUUAUUAAAAGGAUGCAUUAAAAGAGUGGAUGUUAGUGAUUUGUAUAAAAGUUCUAUUGAAUCAUUUUUCGAAAAAACAAAAGAAUCCAAUAUUGAUAUUAAUCAUAUAAUAUGCAAGAAUGCCUAUGAAGAUAUUGUUUAUUUUUUUUACACAAAUGUAAUUGGUGAAGAACAUGAAUUUCUCGUUUCCAUUCUUGAUGAUGACGCUUAUAAUAAAAAAAAUAGAUUGGAAGAUAUUAAAGAAAAUAUCAAAAAAAAUAAAUUAAAUUAUUAUGAAAAGUUAAAUAAAUUAAAAAAUAUAAUUCUUGAAAAUAUAGAGAAUUGUCAAAAAUGCUUAAUGGUAUAUUAUGUUCUUCAAAAGAAAUUUAUAGAGAAUGUUUUUUCAGUUAUAAAAAACGAUGAAAAUUUAAUAAAUAUAUUAAAAAAAGAAUUAUUUAAAAUAAAUUUUUAUCGAGUUAUUAAUAAAAUAGUUUGUCCUAUAAAUAGUAAUAAAGUAUAUUCAAUUAUAUUAGAACUAAUGUUAAAUGGGUCGAAAAUAUUUCAAGUAGAUAAUGAUUAUCAAUUAGAUAUAAAUAAAAUAAAUAAGGAAAAUAUGAAAUUAUUUAUUGAAAACUUUUUAAAUUUAGAUGAUAAAAAAAUAUAUAAUAUUAUAAAAAAGUAUGCAGACGACGAAUCAUUAUAUUUUUUCUGUGAUAUUUUAUAUAAAGAAUUUGAAGCCAAUAAGAAAUUGUUAAUAGAAAUUAAUGAAGUGUUAUAUAAUAAGGAUGGGUGUAGUAAAAAUGAAAAGAAUAAAGAAGAUGUUUGGAUAGUUUCUGAUAAUUUGGGAUAUAAUGGUAAUGAUAAAAAAGUAGAGGAAGGAACAACUAUUAAAAAUGAAAAAAAAAAUGUAAACAUAUUUCCUUACAUUUAUUCGCAUAUAUUUCUUCUGUUAAAACACGUUUCGGUGGAAGAUGGAAUCAAGAAGGUUUUGAAGGAAAAGAUAAUCCUUUAUUCCUUAAUGUUAAAUUCAUUAAGAUACUCAGAUAAUUUUAUACAAUUAAUUAUUUUUAAAAUUAUUCAUAACACAUAUAUAAAUGAUGAAAAAUUUUUUUAUAACGAUGCAACUAAAAAACUGAUAUCUUCCAUAUUUUUAUAUUGGAUAAAAUUGUCAGAUGGUUGUAUUAUUAAAAUGCUUAACAGCAAUUUGUCUGAGGAAACUAAUUAUUCGAAUAAACCAAAAAAAGAGGAUAAUUUUUUAAAAAAUAAUAUUAGGGAUUAUGAUAUAUUUAAAUAUAUGCAAUGCUUAUUAUGUGGAAUAUAUUUAUUAUUUCACAUAAAAAAAAAAAAUACACAAAUUAUUGAUAAUGGCGAAAACAGCAGGAGCAGCAACAAUAAUAGUAGCACUAAAAUAAAAACGUCGUCAACUAUAUUGAAAAAUGAAGGUAAUAAGAAUACGACAUAUGUAUUAGAUGAAGAAAGUGCCAAAAGUUUUUACUUAGAUAAAUUUAUUGUUAACAAUGAAAGUAAUAAGUAUUUCAUAUGGGUUCUAUUUCAAGAUCAUAUGGAAAUCAUUAAUAAUUUACUAAAUUUGUCAUUCAAAGUUUUGUAUUUUUUGAACAAUUUUAAAUCAUAUAUUGCAAAAAAUGCAAAUAUAAAAAAUAAAUAUUUUGAAUUGGCGUCUACUUAUGCUUGCUUAAACAUUAUUUAUAAUAUCCUUGAUAUGAAUAAAAAAUCAUAUAUUCAUUCUUUUGAAGUGGAUGAAUAUACAAAAAAAUUGUAUAAAAAAAAAUUAAAAGAGAAUUGUGUGAUUUUUGAGAAUAUUGCUAUACAUUCCCUUUCCCCUCUUAUUUAUAGCAAGGAUUAUUAUGUUCGUCUUUUUUCAAUAAAGGCGUUGUCUAUUAUUUUAUCUGAUUCAAGUAUCCGUGAUUCGUUGGAAAAAAAUAUUAUUUUUGAGAUUUUUGAUUCCUUAGUGAGUAUAGAAUUUUCCAACGACAUAUUACAAAAAAAUGAAGAAAAACUUUUGGUAAACAAUUUAUUAUUACACAUAUUUAAGGCUAAUAUAAAAGAUAACACAUAUUCAAAUAAGGUAACAAAUAUAAUAUUUAGUGAUAAAAACAAUGAACUAAUAAAAUACCUGGUACAUAUUUGUGACGACGAUUUUAAUUUAAUAGAAUUGAGGCAUAUAUUUGAGCAUUUUUUCGUUUUAUUUAUAAAAAUAAUAAAUAUUGUGAUAAAUAGAGUUGAACAAGUAUUACCAAUUGAAAAAUAUAAAGAUUUAUUUAUGAAUGUUUAUAGCGUUAUUGAAAUGUUUAUGAACGAAUUAAAAAAAGAAAAGAAUAAGAAAUUAAUGUUAUUUUUUUUGCCGCAAACCAUAUAUUUAUGUCAUUUAAUUUCAAAUGGUAUAUAUAAAGCAAAAGUUCAUUCAGCUAUAUCUUUUCUUACACAUGUUUUUAAUACAAUUAAAAAUGUUGAAAGUAGUUUAUCAUCUAUAUAUGACGAUUUAAUUAAUUUGAGUCAUUUAAAUGAAGAGAUAUAUGACGAGGAGAUAUGUUAUAGUAGUGAUGAUGAUACAAAAGAAACCAAAGACAUCAAUAUUUUGUAUUUUUAUAAUAAAAUAUAUAAUAUUGAACUUGAAGAAAAACCCCAAAAUACAAAGGACGUUAAUCUUGGAGGUAACAUUGGCAGCAAUACCAACAUCUCUAAUGGGGAAACAAAUGUAAUCACUAUUACUAGUUGCAGCAAUAAAGAUGAUAAUAAACAAAAUAUAGACAAUAUGACUAAAAAUAAUAAGCUUGAUAAUCUGCAAAAAUUAAUAAAAAAAUGUGAAAAAUAUAGAAAUAUACGGAUAAUGAAAAACAAAGAACAUGAUAAAAUGAUCUACAAAUAUAUAAAUAGCUUCUUUUUUUUAUGUGUAAGUAAUACAAAUAAGAAAACGAAAAAAAAUAUAAUAAAAGCAUUCGAUUUGAUUAUUAAAUAUAUUAUGAAAGAUGAAUAUAAAAUGAAUAGAUCAAAGAAUAAAAGUAAAAUUUUAACAUUGCCACUUAUAAUUAUUAAAGAUAUGGAAAAUGAAGAAAAAAGAUAUAAUUUAAUUAUUGGCCCUUAUGAUUAUAUAUUAAAGUGUUAUAUAAUAGACUUGUUUAAGUGUAAAACAUAUUUGGUGCUAUUUUUGUUAUCUAUAUUAAAUUUUACUAACACCAUGAUAUUGUUUUUAAAAAAAAAGGAUUUUAUAGAUAAUAGUGCAAGUGAAAAAUUAAACAUAUUAGAUAGUUUUAUAUUAGUAAAUUCGAAAGCAUGGUUUUAUUUAAAUGUUACAAUAAAAUGUUUGAGUAAAUAUAUGGACAGAAAUAAAUGUGAUCAUAUUUUAUUAAAAAUUAUUAAUUUAAUAAUUGAUAACAUUUGGAAAAUUAUUAUAUACAUUUUUUAUAGUGUUAAAAUAAAAGAUUUUGCUAUAAAAAUAAAGACGUGUGGAAUAAAUGUUUAUGUAAGAGAUGCACUUUUACUAUUUUUAAAAUUUUAUUCCACAUGGAUGUUAUUUAUAAAAAAAAUUGCAAAGGAGGAAAAGUACUAUUCUUUAAAUAAUAUUUUACCAGAUUUAUUUUUCAAAAAGUUAUCUUUUUUAAGUUGCCAAAUAUUAAGUUUUUUUCAAUUUAUUGAAUCAAAUAUGUGUUUAAUAACUGACAAUGAAACGAAUAUAUUUCUUUUAUUUAAGCAAAAGGAAAUUAUUAAAACCAUUUUAGAAUCAUUAAUAUAUUUGAUAAAAAUGAAAGCGUCAAAUAAUUAUGAAAGUUGUUUAAAUAAUAUUAUACAAUAUAAAUUAAAAUUAAAGAGUUUGAAACUUCCACAGUGUACUCAUGAAAUACUGGCUUUGUGGGAAUACAAAAAUAUUUUUAAUAAAACUAAAGAAAUUUUGUUGAAUCAAAUUCAAGACAAUGAUUUAUCAUUGAGGAGUAAAUUGGAAGAAAAAAGCGAUCCAUCGAAAAUAAAUAAAGAAGUUAGUGAUUUACCACGAACAGAUGAACGCGCACAUGUUUCUAAUUCCAAAAAAAAUGAUAUUAAGGAGAAUGCUUUUCUAAAUUAUGAGCAGGAUAAAUCAAGAUCGGGUAUUAAAUCCAAUUUAACUUGCAACAAUAAGAUUUUAAAAAAUAAAGGAGUAGCAAAAGAAAAUAUAGAGAAAUCAACUGGAAGAAGGGAAGAUACUGCUUCGAGUGUGUUAAAAAAAGAAGAAGCAUUGGAAAAAGCGAAAAAAAUAUUAGAAAAAAAUGCUUCAUUAAAAACACAGAAAAGAGCUAUCGUAUUGAAUGAAAAAAAUUCAGAAAUAAAUAAGCAUCAAUACUUUAAAGAGAUGAGAGAAAAAAGAAUGGAAAUAGAAAAUACUAUUAAUAAAUACUAUAUUAUGUUGCAAGAGUUUCUAGAAUGGGACUUUUACGAUUUAGAAAAUUUGGAUAAAUACAAAAAUUGCAUUAAUGAAGAAAUUCCUACCCGUUUUAGAAAUGAGGACGAAUAUUACAAAUUUUUUAGACCGAUGGUCUUGGAGGAGUCCAGAUGUUGCAUAUUAAACAAGAUGGUUGGAGAGACAUGCAAAUUUGUUAUUAAUGUUAUAGGAAAAAAAAAAACGCCAUAUUGGUUAAUAUGGAAUAUUUCGGCAUCUAAUGAAAAUAAGACAAGUCUUGAGAAUUUGAAACCAAUGGAUCUAAUAGUUUUAAUUCCAUAUGAAGAUGGGAAUGAUAGUUUACGAAAUGAUGAUAAUGAAAAUAUUAGAUAUGAUGAAUUAAAAGAAAUUAUGAAAUCGCAAAAGCAUAUUCUUGGAUUAGUAGAUGUUGCUUCUAACAAGACAGAAAAUAUUUAUGACAUAAAAUUAAUAAACGAAGACAAUUUUCCUUUGAAAACCGAAAAGGGAAAAAAUCGAUUAAAUUUAAAUUGUAUAACAUAUAAUAAAUAUUAUGCAUAUUUUAUUUGUAGCUUAAUAACAAAUAUAAGAGAAUUUCAAAGUGUGUACGGAAGUAAAAGUUCACCUUUAUUCAAUACAAUUUUGAAUCCUGUAGAAGGUAAUAAUAAGGAUACAUCUGAAAAAAAACAUGGAUAUAAAAGUGUUAAUCAAAAUAAAGAUAAAAUGAUUAGUGAAAAGAAAGAAAAUUUAAAUAAUUAUGAAAAGUUCAUAUUGCAGAAUAUGAAACGUUGUAAUAUGUUAAAUGAAUCACAAAUUGAUGCUGUUAAAUUAGUUUUUUUAAAUAAAAAUAGCAUUUCUCUAAUACAAGGUCCCCCAGGAACUGGGAAAACCAAAACCGUCAUUGGUAUUAUAUCUGCAUUAUAUGCAUUAAUGAAUGAGAAUAAUAGUAUUCUAAAAAAUGGAAAACAAGUAAACACAAAGGAGACGGCUUACAAUAAUGAAGGGAAUGGAAAUAAUAAAAAGAAAAUUUUGGUGUGUUCUCCAUCAAAUUCUGCUAUAGAUGAAAUUGCUAAAAGAAUCUUGAAUGAAGGUUUAAUAAAUUUUGUGAGGGAAAAUAAUGGUAAAAAGAACAGUAUCAAUAAUAGUGACGACAGUGAUAUUUUAGAUGAUGAUAAUGUUAAUUACAUAAAUAAGAAGUAUAAUAAAAAAAGCGGCACAUUGUUUACUGAUAAAAGACGCGAUAAUAAAUAUCAUAAAAUUCCAUGUUUUAAAAAACAAACUAUCAUACCUAAAUGCAUUCGAAUUGGGUUAUCAAAAAAGACGGAUAAAGAAAUUCAACCAAUUUCUUUAGAUUACAUAUUUAAUAAAAGGAAAAAUACAAAGCAAAAUGCUUAUGAAGAUCAUUUUAAUAAUCGAAAACAAUUUAUUUCCUUUUCUCUUAAAGCAAUUGAUUUUACCUUAAAUAAAAUGAAAGAAGUAAGAGACAAAUUAAACUAUAAUAGUUCAAAAAAAUACUGUGUAGAUGUUAAUGAUACAAAAUAUAAUAAAGAAUCAUGUGAAAAGGUUGAAAAUAUAAAUAAUUUUUUUUCAGAAGAAAUAAUAAAUAAUGUUGAUGAAAAAUAUUUGGAAAAAUUAUUGUAUUUAUUUAAUGAAUCACAUUCACAUUAUGAAUGGAGUUUAGAUAAAUUAAAUUCAGAAAAUAAUACUUUUGAAGAAAGGAAAAAAAUACUAAUUGAAGCAGAUAAAGAAGUUGGCGCUUUUUAUUCAAAUAUUAAUAAAGAUAAUAUGGUUUUAGAAAGCGAUGUUAUAUUUAGUACAUUAUCUGGUAGUGCAUCACCAAUUUUAGAAAAUAUCGAAUUUGAAUAUUUAAUAAUAGAUGAAGCUUGUCAAUGUGUGGAAUUAAGUUGUUUAAUACCAUUUCGAUUGAAAGUAAAAAGUAUUAUUAUGGUUGGAGAUCCAAAGCAGUUGCCAGCUACUGUAUUUUCCGAAGAUUGCAAAAGAUAUGGUUAUAGUAGAUCAUUGUUUGAAAGACUAUUAUUAUGCAAAAUUCCAAGUGUUUUAUUAAAUGUUCAAUAUCGUAUGAGACCAGAAAUAUGUUAUUUUCCUAAUAAAUAUUUUUAUAAUGGAUUAAUAAAAAAUGAUGAAAGUUUAAUGAAUAAGCCAUUGUUUUAUUUACAUUAUUUAAAUAUAUUAGGGUGUUAUAAAUUUAUUAAUAUACAAGGUAUUGAAUCAAUUACACACCAUAAAUCAUAUAUUAACUAUGCUGAAGCUUAUUUUAUAUUUAGAUUAAUAGUGCAUAUUCAAAAUAUGAUGGAAAAUAAAGAUAAUGCUAGUCCAAUACCUCGGUGUUAUAAAUUAUCCAUUAAUUUUAAUCUCAAAGAUAUUGGUAUUAUUUGUCCAUACCAAUCUCAAGUGCAUUUAAUUAGAAAAUUGUUUGAAAAUAAUUUCCCAGAUAAUGAAUAUCCAGAAGUGUCAACUGUAGAUGCCUUUCAAGGAAGAGAAAAAAAUAUUAUAAUUUUUUCAUGUGUUCGAUCAUACUUGCAAGCUAUGGAAUAUUUAAAAAAUAGCAAUGAAAAUAAUACUUAUAAAAAUACGAAAAAUAAAUAUUUCGAUACAAAAAAUUUGGAUGAUGAAGAUUCAGAUGAUUUACAUAAAAUAAAGUGGACAAAUAAUAAUUCUACAAAUAACAAAAAUAGCUUUAAAACAAUACAAAAAUGUGGGAAUAAUAUUGGAUUUUUAAAAGAUGAAAGAAGAUUAAAUGUUGCCCUUACAAGAGCAAAAGAUUCUUUAUGGAUAAUAGGGGAUAAAACAAAUUUACAAAAAAACUCUACAUGGGAUUCUUUAAUAAAAAACGCAAUUGCAAGAAAUUGUUAUGUAGAUUUGAAUUUAAACUUUGAUAGAAGCACCAAAGAUGAAAACAUCGAAGAGAUAAUAAAUAAUUUUUUUUUAAAAAUGGAUAGCAUGACAAAAGAUGAUCAAAAUUGGAAAAACGAUGAAAAUGAUAUAAAUAACGAUACGAGUAGUGAAAUAUUUAAUUCGUCUAAUUCGGAAUAUAGCAUUAAGAAAAACAAAAAAAAUAAUGGAUAUUAUGCUAAAGAAGGAACCCACCAAAAAAGUAAUGACGAAAAUGACGAUAUGAAAAGCAAACAUAAAUAUAAAAGACAAAUGAAAUUGGAUCAUAAAAAUGAAAGAGAAUUCAGUUUUAGUAGAGUAUAUAUAGGUAAUCAAAAUUAUGAAAAGGACCAACAAAACGAUAAGUUAAUUAAGGAUAAUUUAUAUUUUGAAAGAAAAAAUGGAAAUAAAAGAAGAGCAAAUGAUGAUUUUAAUGAAUUCGAUGAAGACAACAUGAUUUUUAAAAAAACAAAACACUAUUAA